AUGGAGAGUGACUCUGAUCGCAUGUUCUGUCAUGCCUGUGGUGGGGUUUGGUUGAAAGACGAGGCGCAUGGCUUGACAUGCCCGCAUUGCGAAUCCGAUUUCACCGAAAUAGUUGAGAUUCCCCCCGAUAUUCCCCCCGAUAGUCCCCCUGAGCACGCCGCAAGCCUGUCGCAACCACGCGUCAGCCCAUGGGGAGACCACAAUCCAUGGGGAAUAGACGAAGAGCUCCCUGGAACACCAUCAAGAGAUAUUCCUUCUGGAUUUCAUCGUACAUACACAUCCCCCGACGGGCGUUUUACUUUCAGCAGUACCACGCUCGGCACCGGACACUCCUCAAGCCCGCGCGCAUACGGAUCCAACGCUGGGAUCCCGAUGAUGAUGCAGAAUUUCGACAGCAUUAUUCGAGGUCUUGUGGAACCAACAAACCAACCAGCAAGAGGCUUGGGGCUUGAUGAUAAUUUUAAUCCUAGUCCCUUUGGCUGGCCCGAUUACGAGCGUGUGGGAGAUCAUCAACCGGGCCCGGCUUCACCUGAUCUAUCCCCUCGCAAUGCGGAUGCACCGCAACCACGAGCUCAUCAGCCAGUGGGUCUAGCUGACCUUAUAGAAGCCAUCCGUGCUGAUCUAGGGACACCAACUACACGAGCGACCCGCCGAGAUCGCCAAACGCCAAACCCUCUUGCUAUACUGUCGGCCCUACUAAACAUGAGUCCAAAUGGAGAUGCAGUAUACUCACAAGAGGAGCUGGACCGUGUCAUCACUUCCCUAAUCGAGAACACCGGGCCCGGAACUGCGCCGCCCCCAGCUUCUGGAAGUGCCAUUCGGUCUUUGCCAAAGAGGAAGGUUGACAGGGAUAUGAUGGGCCCGGAGAACAAUGCGGAGUGUUCUAUUUGUAUGGAUGCCGUGGAACUUGGCACGGAGGUCACUGUGUUGCCAUGCGAGCACUGGUUCCAUUUCACCUGCAUCGAGGCAUGGCUAAUCCAGCAUAACACCUGCCCGCAUUGCCGGCGGAGCAUCAGCCAGCGUCCAACGCAUAAUGAUGGAACCAGUGACAAUCCGGUAGUCAUCCCGGAUAGCCCUGAGCAGCCGAGAUCUCGUCGACGUCUCAGCUCAGCUCGAACUACACGCAGUGGCCGCUCCUCUUUAUCUUCUUUGCAAAGUCGACUCUCCCCACGACUUUCACCCCGUCGCUCCCCUACACCUGAAGGACAAGAAUCUAACCAUGCUCCUCGCCGCUCUAGCCGAAGUGAGGGGAGCAACGGUGGAUUUACUAGCUGGGUCAUGAAUCGAUUUGGAAGCAGCACAUAA